AUGGCCACUGAAAACCUACCCCCCGCCGAGCCCAGCCCACUCGACCAGACACUCAUCGAAGCCAUCAACAACGGAACGACCAGAGACAGACAGAUCCUCCUGGCCGCAGAGAGCGAGAUGGGCAGAUUCAUCGGAACAAAUCUCCAGCGACAGCCACUCAGCUCAUCCCUCUCAAACUCACUCAACUCCUACCAGCGCAUGCUCGUCCACCGCCUCGGAGACGCAUUCGCAAUCAAACGCACCCUCGAAUCAGGCCAGAUGUACAUCGAACGAACACCGCACUCAGCCUGGUAA